AAGAUAUACAUUUAUGAGCGGCGGCGUUUAUCGGACGGGUUUCAGUCGUUUUUCACCCUGAAGAAGGACACAUGACAUUAAGAGCCGCGUUGAGGGCGAAAGUGAUAAAAAUGAGCCAAUCUACCUUGACGAACGGUUUAGCACUUUUUGCGGGGGCCCUCCUUCUGAUGGGGCAGUCGGCUGCCGCUGCGUUUACCAUUCCAGAUUCCGUUGGACUCGGCACAAUCUACCGCCAAGGAACAUGCACAGGGGCAACCCAGAUAAGCAGCACGGCAGGCACGACCCUGAAACAAUGCUCCGAUGCGUGCUCUGGGGUGAGCAACUGCGUGGCGUUUAUGUGGCACGAGACGGGGACAUGCAGCUUGAUGUCGGACUCGUGCGCGACAGUUUCCACGGCGGAUGCACAAAGCCACUUCUUCGAUAUGCUUCCAUUUGACUUUUUUCACAGGCCCGCAUCGGAUUGCCCCGGUGGCGACUUGGCUUACCUACCGGGCAAGACCCUGUCGAACUGCCUUUCCUGGUGCACGACAAGGUCGUUCUGUGUGUCAGCUAAUUGGCAUGCAGGAGGUAUUUGCUAUCCGAAAUCUAUGACAUGCGCCAACGCUAAUUUGGGCAAUAUAGCAAAUAACUUCUUUGACAAGACUGGUAGCUUUGACAUUGUCCGCGGCUACACAUACUCAGCUGGUGACUGCCUUGGUACCAACCUCCUGCAGCUUCCCCGGCGGACCAUCAAGCUGUGCGCAUGGGAAUGCACCAGUCGGGCGAACUGUCGCUCGUACGUGUGGACAAAGUGGACAGGCGAUUGUCAGCUGAAGUCUGACGUUUGCACUGCUGCUGCUGCCGCUGAUAAGCAUAUGUAUGUUAGGAUCAUGACGCCCUUUGGUUGGUACCCGUCUGACAACACACCACCGGAAUUCCUCUACCACUUGUCUACGGAAGCCGAACUCCCGUCAACAUUCUCCCUAGUCGGCAAGACCAAGAAGGAUUUCACUUUCGAGUCGGAUUUGAUGUGCGCUCAUCGGUGUUCAAAUGUCGUCUGUGCCCUCUUCAAGGUCACUGCGGCCACGUGUUCUAUUUACGUUUAACGUUAGUGAGCAGACGACCUUGAGAUAUCAGCUGCGUCAGAUGCUUGUUGAUACCGCAGUGUGACAAUAAAUCUUUGCCGUUUGGAAAGUGGCGAGUUGGAGAGUUAGUCAUGCCCAAAUGCCUGAAGCAGUUAGUCUCUUUAGGGUGAGGAACGAGGCCGGUCCACUGCGUCCGGGGUGUAGAAGCAGUCUGCUUCCUCAGAAUUCUCCUACUACCAGUUUUACGCCGGUAAUAAUACAGACAAUGCAAUGCAUUUAUUCUUGGCAUUUUGAUACGACGUUAUUGUAGUUUUACCCUUUCUAUACGGUGUGGCUUCUUUUUCGUGGAAAGGUACGCGUCGUGAGUGGUGAACAUCAGCAAAACUCUCAUUUGGGGACUUUUAAUCAGCGCAGCGCUAGCGAUUGGUAAAAACUAAAACCAAAUUUCAAGAUUUUUAUCCGGCUACGCAUGCGUAUAAACGAGCUCAAACGAGUUCCGUAAUACGCAUGCGAAACCGGAUGCAAUCUUGAAAUUUUGUUAUAACUUCUGCCGAUCGUUGGGCUGCUUCAAAGUCCUCAACUGAGUAUUUGCUAUAUUUAAUCAAUGCCGCAUGCAGUUGAUCAUGAUUACCUAAUUAAACAGAUCAAGUGUACUGACACAGAUACUUAAGUUAUAAACUUAAUGUUUCGUGCAUAUUACUGUACACGUUCAAUCACAAAACGAAAGGAGACUGUUGAUUCACAUGUUAGUGAUCAUUAGCUCAGUCCGUCAACGAUGACAUUUUGCGAAGCCGAUUGCUCGGCGACGGCAUAGCGAAUUUUCGUGCAAGAGGCAUCAAUGUGUUGCUGGUGUUUUCAGUGAAAAAAAUCAGUGAAAUUAAAUGUCUACAAACAUGUGUUCGAAGAUACACAUCACCCAAUACUACACACAAACAUUGGAUAUAAUGACUCCUCGCCACAGAAAGUCCAUGAACAAAUUUACCAAGGUUACCCUAGCCACAACCGCGGGGUUAUAUUUGACGCGUUUUUUUCUGUUUAUCUGUUCUUUUUAUUUCGCGCACUGCUAAUGCCGCAAGUACCACGGCGCGAGAUAAAACGAGAUUGCUAGAAACGCCCUCGUCCCUAAGAUCCGUAAGCCAGGCAAAAAGAAGCUGGGUGCUGUUUGUCUAGUGUAAUGGCACCCAGGGUG